AUGACACCCAUCACGACCACUCCCGCGCCGAGCAGACAGACGGAUGGCCGCCCCGCGCAGGCUACACCAUCUCAGGCCUUGGACCACUUCCAUUUCUUCACCAGACUGCCCGUAGAGCUCCGGCUCAAGAUUUGGAACUUCAACCUCCCGCCGCCGCGGGUCGUCCCCAUCAGAUGCGGCGCAAAGUCCCUCACCCUCGCCUCCUACGCCCAGUCUUCGCGGCCGUCGACGAGCGGAUGCACCUCGUACGCCGCCGUCCCCGUUAACCUCCACGUUUGCCAAGAGUCCCGCCAAGAGGCCUUGGCCUCGUACCACCUCAGCUUCGGCAUGACGCGUAAUCCGGGACAGAUCUUUUUCGACAAGGCAAACGAUGUCCUCUACUUCGGCGCCCGCGACGGCUACAUGGCUUCCGAGGCCCAGUUCCUCACCGUCAUGGCUCUCUGCGACCCCACAGACCUUGCCGACGUGCGCCACCUCGCCAUCAACGACUCCCUCUUCUGGGUCGACGGCAUGUACCAGUCCAUGAGCGCCGCAAACCUGACGGUCGAGGUACUCAAGCAGGUUCGCCUGCGCAUGCCAAGGCUGGAGCGGCUGGUGUUCGUGCCGCGCGACGAAAACCCUGUCUACGACGAACAGAUCGAGCUGGUGCCGGCAAACCCCCACGGUAUGCUCGAGCAACGGAUGGCGAGGCAAAUGGAAGUGGCGAUGCGGGCCGUUUGCGACCUGUUUCCGGGUUGGAACGCGCCGCGCUGGUGCAUUAUGGCGCUGGGCACGGCGCAGUUGGCGACACAAGGAAAGCUGGGCCUCGUCUCCUCGAUGCCGGAAUAUAUCUCUGACUCGUUCGUCCCUUGUUCUCUGCAAAGCAAUGCAGUGGAGAUGUCUGCCUCCCCGUGGUUAGUGGGGAAUGCUUUCCGCGUGCGUAGGCCGCGAUACGACGUAGUGGGCUGGUCAAAUUACAAUUCAAAGAUACCCUGGGAUAAUUUCGGCGUUGGAGGUUAUUUGGGAAGUUGA